AAGUAAGAAGCAUGAAACAAAACGAGAAACGAAAGAGAAGAAGUAUUAUUCCUCAUAGAGGCAAAAACAAAAAAGAAUACGAUUCCGCCUCGAUCCUUCAUCUGAUCGAAUCGAUUUUGUUUCUUGUAUCAGCGAUCGGGAUCAUCUGAUUGCGAUCUUUCGAAAUCGAGAAACCUUUGGUGUGACCGAGGAAUCACCACCAUGUUCAAUUUCUGGGGAUCAAAGGAGCAGCAACUUGGGGAGUCUCGUCCUUCUUCUUCUUCAGAACCAUCUCCACAACAACCUUGGUAUUCUCAUUCUCUUGUCACCUCGCCUAGCUCAUCCAGGCCUCAGUCAUCAGGAGGGCAGAUCCCAUCACAUGUUUCGCCAGGUGAAGCUGCCGGCAUUAUUGCUCUUUUGAAAGACAAAAGUGUGGAUGAGCUCGGGAAGCUUCUGACUGACAAGAAUGCGUACCAACAGUUCUUGAACUCGCUUGACCAGGUCUCUAUUCAAAACAACGUAAGUCUCUCAAACCAUCAUCAUCAUUCUGUCUUAAGAACUGUAGAAUCGUCACUGUUUACAUCUAUUUUUCUUCUUAAUGUUCACCAGAUCAGAGAAGAGCUACGCAAAGAGACAUUACAUCUAGCUAGAGAAAACUUGGAGAAGGAGCCACAGAUAGUGGAGCUCAGAAACCAAUGCAGAAUAAUCCGUACAAGUGAGCUUGCAACUGCACAAGAGAAGCUCAAUGAGCUUGAGAAUCAAAGAGACGAGAUCCUCAGAUUCUACUCUCCUGGUUCUCUUCUUCAUAGACUUCAAGAUGCAAUGAAGAAGGGAGAUGAAGAAUCAGAGGAGCUGCAACAGAAGUAUAUGGAGAAGGAGAUUGAUACAGCAGCGUUUGUGCAGAAAUACAAGAAGCUGAGAAGCCUGUAUCAUCGUCGCGCUUUAAUCCAUCUCGCUGCAAAAACUUCAUCCAUCGGUUGAAGAACUUGAAACACAAGGAGCUUUUGGUUUGUUUCCUUAAGCCGUUGUGUAAAGUAAAAAAAAGAAACACAUUUAAAGAUAGCUCACUACUGAGACUUAUCUGAAAAAACAAUAGUAUUGGAUUACAGAAUGAUGUUAUUAUGAUCUCUGAAUCUGAACCUUGUAAUGUUUGAUUGAAUCUUUUCGUUAUAUACAUGGGGUGUGAAACAGUGAA